UGUGGUGCAGUAACAAUGAUUAAUCUGUUUGUAGGCAAUGGGAGCAGAGAAUGGAGUAUUUGCUGGAGUCAGCAGCCAUCACUUGGAGUAGCUAUAUUACAUUAUCCUACAGAGAACCUGCAGCACUCUGUCCAAACUCUGAAGGUCUCCGACGAGCAUCCUGUUAUACCUGUAGCACAGCAUCAUCCAGGAUACACCUGCAAGAUGAACUCUAAAUGUAACCGAAGUUCUAUAGUACAGCAAAGUUCAUUAUUGUGCCAGAGAACUCACAAGGAAAAGAAAUCAUGUAAAUGUUUUGAAUGCAAUAAGUGUUUCAGACAAAGAUGUAAUGUAGUAAAACAUGAAAGGAUUCACAGGGGGGAGAGACCAUAUAAAUGUUCAGAAUGCAGCAAGUGUUUCAAACAAGGGAGUCAUCUAGUACACCAUAAAAGGAUUCACACGGGGGAGAGACCAUAUAAAUGUCCAGAAUGCAGCAUGUGUUUCAAACAAGGGAGUCAUCUAGCACACCAUAAAAGGAUUCACAAGGGAGAGAGACCAUAUACAUGCCCUGAAUGCAAUAAGUGUUUCAGAAAAAGAAGUGCUCUAGCACAUCAUGAAAGGACUCACACAGGGGAGAGACCAUAUAAAUGUCCAGAAUGCAAUAAGUGUUUCAGAGAAAGGAGUGCUCUAGUAAAACACAAAAUGACUCACACCGGGGAGAGACCAUAUAAAUGUCCAGAAUGCAAUAAGUGUUUUAGACAAAGGAGUGCUCUAGUAAGACACGAAAUGACUCACACUGGGGAGAGACCAUAUACAUGUCCUGAAUGCAAUAAGUGUUUCAGACAAAGAAGUGAUUUAGUAAAACAUGAAAGGACUCACACGGGGGAGAGACCAUAUAAAUGUCCAGAAUGCAAUAAGUGUUUCAUAGGAAGGAGUGCUCUAGUAAGGCACAAAAUGACUCACACCGGGGAGAGACCAUAUAAAUGUCCAGAAUGCAAUAAGUGUUUCAGAGGAAGGAGUGCUCUAGUAAGACAUGAAAGGACUCACACAGGGGAGAGACCAUAUACAUGUCCUGAAUGCAAUAAGUGUUUCAGACAAAGAAGUGAUUUAGUAAAACAUGAAAGGAUUCACAUAGGGGAGAGACCAUAUAAAUGUCCAGAAUGCAAUAAGUGUUUCACAGAAAGAAGUGCUCUAGUAUAUCAUGAAAGGACUCACACGGGGGAGAGACCAUUUACAUGCCCCGAAUGCAAUAAGUGUUUCAGACAAAGAAGUGAUUUAGUAAAACAUGAAAGGACUCACACGGGGGAGAGACCAUACACAUGCCCUGAAUGCAAUAAAUGCUAUCUGCAAAAAAGUGCUCUAGUACGUCAUGAAAGGACUCACACAGGGGAGAGACCAUAUACAUGUCCUGAAUGCAAUAAGUGUUUCAGACAAAGAAGUGAUUUAGUAAAUCAUGAAAGGAUUCAUACGGGAGAGAGACCAUAUAAAUGUCCAGAAUGCAGCAAGUGUUUCAAACAGGGGAGUCAUCUAGUACACCAUAAAAUGAUUCACAUGGGGGAGAGACCAUAUAAAUGUCCUGUAUGCAAUAAGUGUUUCAGGCAAAGAAAUGCUCUAAUAAAUCAUGAAAGGACUCACACGGGGGAGAGACCAUAUACAUGUCCUGAAUGCAAUAAGUGUUUCAAACAAAGAAGUGAUUUAGUAACACAUGAAAGGACUCACACGGGGGAGAGACCAUAUACAUGCCCUGUAUGCAAUAAGUGUUUCACACAAAGAAGUGCUCUAGUACAUCAUGAAAGGACUCACACGGGGGAGAGACCAUAUACAUGCCCUGUAUGCAAUAAGUGUUUCACACAAAGAAGUGAUUUAGUAAAACAUGAAAGGACUCACACGGGGGAGAGACCAUAUAAAUGUCCAGAAUGCAGCAAGGGUUUCAAACAAAGGAGUAAUCUAGUACAGCAUAAAAGGAUUCACAUGGGGGAGAGACCAUAUAAAUGUCCAGAAUGCAAUAAGUGUUUCAGAGAAAGGAGGAAUCUAGUAAUACAUGAAAGGAUUCACAAGAGGUCCUAAUGGAGACAUGAAAAGUCAGCAAACAAAGGAGAGUAGUAGUGCUGAAAUUGAAUUCAUCCUCAAGUCUUGGUGAGUUCCUUCGUGAGGUGAACCCUGUUUUUCACAAAAUCUCACCAAGGCAAUACUGAUAUAUAGACUGCAUUUAUAUAGGAUAUAGCAUAUAUCGUGGACAGAAGUCAAAAACAAAAAAAGAUAGCCGAGUGCACAAGACCCAGUAUAGAAAAGUGCCCAAUCCUGGUAGGCGCAUUGGUGCCAGGAUUGGAAAAAAUGAUAGUGUGGAACCCUCAAAAUACGUAAACAUUCCUACAAUGGGGCCGGGCCAGGCCCAGAGGGGAGGAUGGCCCCUGAUCUAGAAGGAAGUAUCAGUCCACAAAAAUCACAAAAAUUGAUUGGCCAAAGAAGGCCUUUGUGUUUCCUCCCCCCUCUUUUGUAUCUGUUCCUAAAGGGGCCCCGGUUAGUGAUCUCUUAGGGGUGGGUGAUCCAGAAGCAGUCUGCAACUCACUGUCAAGGCCAGAGGAUAACUCUUCAGUAGAAGAGCCAGUGUCAGAAACAUAAUUAUUUUUCAGGAUAGAUUUGGGUCUUUUCCUUUUUGAGGGACGGCUUUGUUGUAUAUUAAAUUUUACAUGUUUGGUUGAACUAAAGGGGUUGUUGCCCUGAUAAAUCUGCCUGGUUGGCACUCUUUAUUAAAUUCAAAAGAGAAAAAAUAGAUUAUUAAGUUAGGUGGUCUUUUCCCACCAGGAUUGAAUGACAAAUUGUAGCUUUAACCAAUCACCAUUGUGUGCAGUGUAUUCAAUGGCAGCUCUGAUUGUGCUUAUGUAACACUGAAGAAGGCUGUGUAUAGAGUACCAGCCGAAACCGGUCUGUGUGCAGUUUUUUGCUGUCCUUUACAAUAAAUGAUCUAUUUUUCAUUGGGUCAUGUUA